AUGGCCGGUCUCAGUCCCCAAGUUACCAACUUGAUCAUCAUCCUUGGGAUGAUGCAAGUCUCCAAGAAGAUUCCAUGGGAGGAUUCGCAAACUCUGUUCUUGGUUCGCGCCGCGUAUCUCCUGUCUAAUGCAAUCAUCAUCUCCGUCUAUGCCUACACACACUACAAAAUCAACCAGAAGAAAGAUAUGACCACGCUCAAAUACGUCGAUCAACCACAAAUGGGCUCUACCGAAGAGCCAAAACUCAUCACCACAACUGUCCACAAAUACGAUGUCGACCAAAUGAAGGCACUCUACAAGGCACAAAUGAUGGGCGUAGGCAUGAUGGCAUUCAUGCACUUGUACAUGAACUACACCAACCCUCUCUUGAUCCAAUCCAUCAUCCCACUCAAGGGCGCAUUCGAGGGCAACGAGGUCCAGAUCCACCUUUUCGGAAAGCCAGCUAUCGGAGAGAUGAAGCGACCAUUCAAGGCUGCUGCAGGAUUCAUGAGCGCUCUCCAGGGUGGAGGUGCCGCUCCUACACAGGACAAGAAGACCAUCGAGGCUGCUGAGAAGGCUGGCCGUGGAGGUGUUAAGGACGAAUAG